AUGUGGGGCGCCGUGGCGCGGCGCGGCGGCGGCUGGCGGGGUCUGGCGGCGGGCCGGCCGCCGCCCGCGGCCUGGAGCCAGGUGGUGUCGGAGGCCGAGAAGAUCGUGGGCUACCCCACGUCCUUCAUGAGCCUGCGGUGCCUGCUGAGCGACGAGCUGAGCAACAUCGCCAUGCAGGUGCGCAAGCUGGUGGGCACCAGGCACCCGCUGCUCGACACCGCCCGUGGGUUUGUCUACGAUAGCCGGAAUAAUUUACAGAUGCGAGGCUUGGUCGUGCUGCUCAUUUCCAAAGCUGCAGGACCCAGUACAGCAGAUCUCUCUUUCCAGCACAACAUGGUCAGCGGAAUUUAUUCCAGUCAGAGAAGCCUGGCAGAGAUUACAGAAUUGAUCCACACGGCCUUUCUGGUGCAUCGUGGCAUAGUAAAUAUCGGCGAGCUGAAGUCCUGCGACGGCCCGCUGAAGGACAUGCAGUUUGGGAAUAAAAUGGCUGUUCUGAGUGGAGAUUUUCUUCUAGCAAAUGCUUGCACAAGCCUUGCUCAGCUGCAGAACACCAAGGUUGUGGAGCUGAUAUCGAGUGCCAUUGGUGACUUAGUGCAAGGUAUCUACUAUGAGAACUCCAGGUUGUCAGAGGAAAACUGCCUGACGGACGACAUCGGCAUAUCGACUUGGAAGGAGCAGGUUUUCCUCUCGCACAGUGCCUUGCUGGCCAAGAGCUGCCAGGCCGCCAUGGAGCUGGCCAAGCACAGCGCGGAGAUGCAGGACAUGGCCUUCCAGUACGGGAAGCACAUGUCCAUGAGCCACAAGCUACAUUCAGACCUUCAACCAUUCGUUAAAGAAAGUUCUAAUGACACUGUGGUCUUCAGUUUAAAUUCUGCUCCUGCAGUCCUGCAUCAGGAAUUCCUUGGAAGAGAGGCAUGGAUUAAACAGAUUAAAGAGGCACAAGGAAAAGGAAGCAUAAUGGACUACAAGAAGCUGCGCGACGCCAUCGGGGCCGGCAGGGCCGUGCCGGCCGCCCUGGAGCUGUGCCGGCACCACGGCGCGCGGGCGCUCGCCGCCCUCGAGCGCUUCCCGCCCUCGGAGGCGCGCGCGGCGCUCGCCAACAUCGUGGGCGCCGCCAGCGGCCGCUCGUGA